ACUUAAAAUUGUGAAAGGAAUCUUAUUAUAUGCUAUGAAAACUAUUCAGUGACAAUUAGAUAUUAUAUUCUUCCUUUUCCAAGUGAGCGCGCCGAAUUUUUAAUGUGUUUGUAUUAUCGUCGUUGGUAUGGAGCCAACUUGGUGAGCCCAUUGACGCACUUAAUAUUAUGCCUCUGCCUAACUUUCCGCAACACGUACGUUAGCGAGUCUUUCGACCACGAUUGUAUGAAGCUAUGCGCGGAUGGGGCUUUCUCUUUAUGAGUCUGAAGCAGCAUGAAUCAGGAUAGUGUAUACAUUGAGGACUGGUUAAAAAAAAUAGGUGAUUAGGAGCACUGAAAUGACUGUUCGAUAGAUCAAAUUCAUUACUACAUGUCCUCAAUGUCUGUGUUGUACAGCGCCAGUUUGCCGUCCUGGUUUGUACGUUUUUGCCCCUGAAGCGUCGCGAUGAUUUUUUAAACACUAAACAAUAGCACAACGACAUUCCUCUACAGACUACAUCUUUGUUUAAAUGCAGUUCGGUCUUUCCAGAUCAUCUCCAUGAUUUUAAUGAAAUUACUAAUUCACCACGGUAACGAAUUGCUUCGCAGUUUAAUAAACUUUUCUUCGAGAUUGUUCGAGAAUGAAUUUUUGGUGAAAAAUUAGCGACAAUCAUUGCCAUUUAGCUGAUAUUAUCAAUAUGAAAGGAAGCAAGAGUCCUGGGAAAAAAUUGUUCAUAAUAGCUAACCGGUUUUCAAAAGUUUCAGCGAGUUUUUGAAAAGAUUUUCUUUAUUAGUAUUAUAUAAGAAUUUUGUUCCCCCAACGUUGUCACUUGACACGAGUGCUUGUAGAUUUUCUUUAUUGAAAUACUGGAUGAAUUUCUAGACGAAGGUGGGGCAGGUUAGUGGUUCACAGCAGAGGUCCACGACCGAGAGGGCUUUGCUGGGGACGGUCGACUACAAGUGGUCAAUUCUGGUGCUCAAAUAUAAAGUCGUGUGAAAUUAUAAAUCUCUGGAACCAGAGUGAAAACAUAAACCCCUCUUGGAUAUCAGUCCAGCAUAUGUGGAUCAAGCCGUCAGGAAGUUGAAUCAAAACUCGUUUAUUGAUAUUUUCAUAUAUAAAAGCAGUUAAAUUGUAGCGGCUAAGAGGGACGUGCGUGUGAUCACGGUCGUGUGACUUACAACCUAGUAGGGAAGAAGUUAAGAUUUGCCUCAUUAUGAUAGACAAUGACCAGAAAACUAACUGCUAAUAGGCCAUUUGUUUAAACACACAGAUAUCGCUUUAAGGAUAUCCGCUUGUGGGUGGAUUGACAAAGACUCAAGUGGAGCACUGGGGUAGCAUUUUAAGAAUGAAAGGUGUCAUCGAGUGAGCUUUUAAAUGCAAUAGUUUUCACCAUCACGAUGGUAGACAGUAUUUUUUAACCGCAAAACGUUUUUUAUAUUGUGCCUAGACAUUAGAGUACCAAAUCGACUUCAUGAUACUCAAUUUAAGCGUCUGUGUACGAACUGCGGUUAAUCAACCUCUUGGUCUUGAAGGUUUAGCUUUUUGACUUUUGCGCAAUGUUACUCAUUCCAGAUCAGUCGGUCGAGCCCAUCCAACCCGUAAAGGGCUAAGGUAAAGGGUCUCCCUAACUACAAUUUGAGGCCUGGCCCUAGGUAGCACUUCUUAUUAUUCAUUAGUUAGCAUUAUUUAGCGAACAUCUUGUUGGCAAAACAUAUUGUUGGCUCGGGGAGAGACGUUUUACAAGGUUAUUUGAACUUAUUUCAACAAAUACAGGCCUGUAGGACAACCAAUUAUGCAUCUUUUUCAGGUUGUGGCGUCUCAGCAACAUUCAGUUCAAUGCGUCGAAGACAAUUUGUUAUGUAACACACUGUUCAGCAUAUAACAUUUUGGACCGAACACUACGAUGAAAACUAGUUAAAAACAGACUAUAAACUCACUAAAGCCAGUGAAAACUGAAAAGACAUUAAGACAAGGACACAAGGUACUUCUUUUUCACUUAUAUUCUAGCGACGUAAUACGUUAUAUCACGACACAUUCCGAGUCCCGACGAGUCGACGACAUUAGCAUGCAGGAAGUUUAUUUCGAAGUUAUUGGAAUGGAGGUGAUAUAAAUUAUAAAGUUCUUAUCAAAAUAGAUUGUUGGCUAAUACCUAAUUUUCUGUGAUAAAUCUACUUAAAUAUGGCUAAAGAAGAUACACAGCAGAAUCGUUAUGGCUAUCAAGAAACACUGAUGUAUGGCACCCAUACAACACAGGAAUUACAAGAAUACGCCAAAAAUUUUGCAGCAGAGUUACGUAAUCAAAGUACUUCUCACGAUGAAGCAGUAACUGAACCAAGUGAAGAUAAUUUUCAAUCAUACAGUCCUUCACGAUGGGGGAAAAUGAUAAGGCAGUGUAAAAGAAUUUUAAAGCCAGUUCAAGAAAAAUUCGACAGUGACUGGUUAUUUUUAUUGAUUUUGGGAAUUAUAGUUGCUCUCAUUAGUUUUGGCUUGGAUUUCUCAAUUGACAAAUGUCAACAAGCUCAUUUGUGGCUAUAUUCCCAUGCAACAGACAAUAUUUUUGGUCAAUAUCUGAUCUGGGUUCUCUUCCCAGUUUGUUUGAUUUUUUUCUCUGUUGGUUUCACGCAUCUUGUUUCCCCUCAUGCUAUUGGUUCUGGCAUUCCUGAGAUGAAGACUAUUUUACGUGGUACAAUUUUGAAGCGUUAUCUGUCGAUACCAACAUUGAUUGCCAAAGUGGUUGGUCUGACAGCUUCACUUGGUAGUGGAAUCCCAAUAGGAAAAGAGGGUCCUUUCGUUCAUAUUGCCUGUAUUGUUGCAAGAGCACUUGGAAAAUUUGUUACCUCAUUUCAAGGAAUAUUUAUGAUUGAAUCUCGUAAUACGGAAAUUCUUGCUGCGGCUUGUGCUCUGGGUGUUUCAAGUUGCUUUGUUUCACCAAUUGGAGGAGUAUUGUUCAGUAUUGAAGUAACAAGUACAUAUUUUGCUGUGAGGAAUUACUGGCGUGGUUUCUUUGCUGCCGUUUGUGGUGCUUUUAUGUUUAGUCUUCUCUCAGUGUGGGACAAUGAUGAAGACACCAUAACUGCGCUCUUCAAGACAAACUUUAGGAUCGAUUUUCCAUAUGAUACGGAGGAGUUUAUUGCGGUCUGUUAAACUAGGGUUGUCUGUGGAUUUGGUGGAGCUCUUUUUGUGUAUACACACAGGAAGAUUGGAGUAAGACGACAUCAUCGUGAGAACGUCAUAUCCAGAUUUCUUGAAAAAAGUCGAUUUUUGUAUCCUGUGAUUGUGACUCUUUUGGUAUCAACGCUGAUGUUUCCAAAAGGACCUGGAAAGCUUGUAGCUGGGGAGUUGACACAAAAGGAAGCUAUUGAAGAACUCUUCUCAAAUACGACGUGGUCACUUGGUGAUAGUGAAGACUCGGACGUUCCUAAAGAGACGUUGAAACAUUGGAACGGAGCAUUCGGGAAUAUUUACGUCACUUUGGUUUUCUUUAUUGUCAUUAAGUUUAUCAUGACAGCCAUUGCCAUCACUCUGCCAGUUCCAGCAGGAAUAUUCUUUCCUGUUUUUGUUAUCGGUGCUGCGUUUGGUCGUCUUGUUGGUGAAGCUAUGGCGACAUGAUUUCCUGAAGGUAUCCAUGACAACGGACCUCAGGAUGUCGCUAGUAAAAUAUUACCAGGAGGCUAUGCGGUUGUUGGUGCGGCUGCAAUGUCUGGUGCUGUCACUCAUACCAUAUCUGUCUCUGUUAUUGUGUUUGAACUAACUGCACAGAUUGCACAUAUAUUACCUGUCAUGGUCGCUGUUUUGAUUGCUAAUGGAAUAGCCCAGUGGUUGCAGCCGUCAAUUUACGACAGUAUAAUACAAAUAAAGAAAUCACCUUACCUUCCGGAGAUUACAAACUCCAGACUUUACAAAGUGACUGUGGCGAAUAUUAUGAAAACAGACUUGCAGUUUAUAACGAGGAGGUCAACAUAUCGAGAUCUGAAAGAGUUGUUAGAAAAGUCAAAAUUAACGUCAUUUCCACUGGUUGACACCAAAGAGACAAUGACUCUACUCGGCUCCAUCCGCCGUCCUCAACUACAAAUGUUACUAACCCGAUAUCUGAGCAACACCAGACACAGUGGAAGUCGAGCAGAAAGUGAAGCAAGCUCACCAGGGUCAACAUCACCAACACCUCUUCUUCCUGAGCGCAGGAGAGAUGAUGACGAUCGUGCUCUAUCAGAUAGUGAAAUUGAGGUGAAUUUACGUGAUUCAACAAUGCCAACGUAAUCAAGCAACUGUUCUCUCUUUGAAAAACUUCCAGGUUCACAACAACUUCAACGUUUAUUCUCAGGAAGUGGUUCUACCAUAGACUCUGAGGGGCGAUCUGGAAGUCCUAGCUCCCAAAGAGAACCUAUUUCACCUGAACAG